AUGGGCUCAUCACCAAACCUGCUUUCCGAGCUACGAGCAAAAACGAUUGUCGACUGCGACACGCUUGACGCGUCUGUGGCAGAAAGUCUUGGCCCGUUCCAAGACUGUACUUCCAACCAAGCUAUCGCAUAUUUCGAGCUUCUAAACACUAGACAUGAAGAUCUUAUUCGUCAAUCUGCUGAUGCGGCAAAGAAAGUAUCUAGCAAGCACCCUGGCAUCAAGCUCGAGGCAUUGGCUGUCGAAAUAUGUAUGAUCAAACUUGGUUUAUUGAUUCUGCCGCAUUUGAAAGGCCGUAUGCACAUCCAAGUCAACCCUUUCGACGCUUACAGCACAUCGCGUACUGUUUCUGCAGCCCAACGGAUUGUUGACAUCUUCGACCAUCUCUCACCAAAUCUGAAUGCAAAGGAUCGUGUUUGUAUCAAGAUCCCGUCAACAUGGGAAGGGUUGCAAGCCUGUCGAACUCUAGAACGCGACCACGGUAUUUCGACCCUGGCCACCACGUUGUUUGCACUCGAGCAGGCUGCUGUUGCGGCUGAGGCCAAAUGCCGGUACAUUGCGCCAUAUGUCAACGAGCUCGCUGUGCACUUCGAGGAAGGGCUUGUAGACCCUUCACCGAAUCACCUUGUCUGUGUGCAAUCUCAGCUCUACUUUCAGAAACAUGGCUAUGCACGAACCGCGACUCUCCCCGCCUCUCUCACCACCAUCGCUGAAUGCAUGUCCUUGAGCGGGGUAAAGCAUAUCACUAUCGCACCACCUCUUCUGCGCGCCUUGAUCGAAACAACCUCCGCUGAUGUAUUGGCCAUCGAUAGCAAUUUUUCCUCGCUGUUCGAGAACGACGAGUGUUUAAGAAAAGUAGAAGCAACGCUACCGGAACAGCCACUGGAUCUGAUCGAUGAUGAGGAGAGGUUUCGCAUAUUGUUCACACGACGAGAUAGUGGUAAACAGGAGAUCAAGCAGGUUAAAGCCAUCAAUAUUUUCGCAGACAUGCAAGUGAAGCUUGAGGAGAUAGUUCGACCAUACCUACAGUAA